UUAUGUACACGGUCGGCCACCACCGCCGCCGUCGCCGCCGCCGCCGUCACCGACGCGCAUUCGUCCGGUCGCCAUAUCUCGUCGUCAGUACGUAUCCCGCGCGCGCGCAGUACGAUGGUUCGACGUGAAUCCGAUUGACCGACCGGUUCUAAUUAUUACUAAUAUUAUUAUUACAUAUUUUCCCUGUUUUUCUUCUCUCCUCCACUUAGUGCGCGUAUCUUUUUUUUUUUUUUUUUCUGUACUUUUUCGUACACGACGAAAGUUGGUCGUUGAUAAUUGUUUUACAGUGCAACAUCGGCGCAAAGGAUCAAGUGCGUUAUCUUCCCACGUUCACUGCUACAACGCCUUUCCUUGCUCAGAUUGGCGAACUGAAAUAACCGGAGCACAUUAGUUGAGUCCCGUGAAAAAGGAAUAAAUGAAAAAAAGAUAACGAGCAGUUCGAAUAAAACGGUCGGCCGUGUGCAAAUACGAAGACAGUACUACGAGAGGAGCUCGCGGUGUUAUUGUUUGUGGUUCUCACGGUUACGUUCGUAGAAUUGUCGAAACAACAUAAGUUAUAUCAACGUCGCCAAUCAUCCGUCCGAUAUGGUGGCUUUCAAUCGAUUUUCCGCUACCACCGCCUUGGCGGUCUUAUGCUUUCUGCAGGCGACCCACGGAUACGAAUCCGGAGCGCCGGAAUUGACGUGCCGUACCAUGAUACCGGGUCACGGUGAGGCGGCACAGACGUCUGUACCGAACUACAGGAUCGCUACGUCCGAAAACGUCACAUCCUCGAGGACCCGCGUGACGCUGACCGCACCUAAAGUCAACGACUACUUCAUCGGAUUCUUGAUUGAAGCUCGCGUCCCUGGUUCCAAUGAAGACGCUGUCGGGUCGUUCGUGCAAGUGCCGCAAGAUUCGCUGACCCUUGACUGCAACCAAGUGCCCAGUUCUGGCGUGACACAUAGCAGCAAUACGAAAAAGAAGUCUGUGGAAUUCGACUGGGAAGCACCGGAUAACUUUAACGGACAAGUGCAUUUCGUGGCUACUGUCAUAAAGGAUUAUGCGACGUUCUGGGUCGGCAUUAAUUCGAAUCCUAUUCAGGUGAAAGGCUCAAAAGAUGGAUCUUCGGCGAUCAGACAAACUGAGACCAGCAGAACGGAUAAUGGACUAAAAGAAACCGAGGUGAACAUUUACAAUGGUUGCGGAAAAAACAAGAACUGUGUUGGCGCGCCGCUCGGUUGUAUUCAAACGAUGAACUGUCGCGCUAUCGUGGCGCUGAUGCCUUGGAACGAUAAAUAUAAUUUUGAAAUGUUAGCCCACGACAGCCAGUACGUGGCGUUCGGACUUUCCGAUGAUAAUAAAAUGGGCGGCGACGGCGUAGUCGAGUGCGCCCACGAGGUGAACGGUCGCAGCAACAGCGUGAACGCGUACAAGUCGUGGAACGUGCCCAACCGGAAGCAAAACCAACGCGUCGAGGACUUGUCGGGCGUAAGUUUGGAGAGUGCCGCGUACGUCGACAACGCCAUUUACUGCAAGGUCGUCGUCGAUUCCGUUUUCAAAGUGGAAGACAACGUGUACAACCUGGACGACGAUGAUUAUUUCGUCUUGCUGGCCGCCGGCUCUUCGUUGAAACCGUUCAGUGUCGAUUACCACGACGUAGCUUUCAUAAGCAGCACUGACAAGAGAAAACUCGGACAGCUCAAAGCGGCCCGCGUGGCCGAUCCGUUUUACGACGAUUGUGGCCAGACAAAAACAUGCUUCGGGUCUCCGGACGGUUGUUUGGAGGCUCAAGACUGCGUGGCUGUGACGGCCGUCAAAGUCGAAGGGACCCGGUACAUGUUUGAAAUGAAAGCCAGGAACGCAGCCUAUGUAGCCGUCGGGAUUUCGGAAGAUCAAAAAAUGGGUGGUGACAGUGUUGUCGAAUGCGUGCACGAAAACGUGGGCACAAACUUGGUCAAAGCUUACACGUCCUGGAACGUACCUAAUCAAAAGAGCAACAAACGUCUGUCGAAUCAAAACGGAAUUAUACUGUUGAACUCAUCAUUCAUUGACGGUACAAUUUAUUGUAAUGUGGUCCGGGACGCGGUGGCCAGAGUGGAAGGAACAAACUUCGAUUUGAUUAGGAACAAAUACUACUUGCUGAUCGCCGCCGGCACGUCGUUGAAAGAACGUAGUGUAGGCUACCACGAUUUGGCCUUCACCUCGACCGCGGAGGCGAGCUCGCUUUCAGAAAUCAAAUCGCUGAGGACAUCGUCGAAAUUGCUGUUGAGGUUACACGGUUCGUUCAUGAUCGUCGCAUGGAUCGGAGCGGCCAGUAUCGGCAUAGUCAUUGCGAGGUACUACAGGCAGACGUGGGUCGGAGCUUCGUGUUGUUCCAAGGACUUGUGGUUCGGGUGGCAUCGUCUGCUGAUGAUGUUCACGUGGGUUCUGUCGCUGGCCGGAUCCGCGUGUAUCUUCGUGGAACUCGGCGAAUGGGUGACCGGUCCAAGUCAAACGCACGCGCUGCUGGGCGUCGUCACCACCGUUCUGGCGUUCUUCCAGCCGAUAUUCGCCGCGUUCCGGCCUCACCCGGACUCGUCGAAAAGACCGAUUUUCAACUGGAUCCAUUGGCUCGUCGGAAACGCCGCGCACAUCUUCUCCAUUCUGACCAUCUUUUUCGCCGUCACUCUCAGCAAGGCCGAACUUCCCUCCUGGAUGGACUGGAUUCUAGCGGCGUACGUUGGCUUCUACGUUGUCAUCCAUCUGAUACUGUCGAUAUCUGGUUGUAUGAGCGAAAAAUCCGGUAGCAUGCGCAUAAACACGUUCCCCAUGAAGGAUCUUCACAACGGCAGGAGUCCGAUGAGUUACGAACAACACAAAGACGCGCCGCACGCCGGGUUCAGGAAAUUUUGGCUGUUCAUUCACGUACUGUUCAUUGUUAUUAUAACGGCUGUCUUAGUAUUGAUUGUUGUUUUCGCUCCGAUCGAAUCCAAGUUAAAUUCUAUUCGCGGAGAAUAUUAG